AUGGCUCCAAUCUGGUACAGAUUAUCGCGAGGGCUGGGCGCCCAGCCCACCUCGCAGCAGGGCGCGGCAUGGCGCCCUGACGGGAGCAGCGGCUCCACCCGAGCAGCAGGCCGCGGCGAGCUGGUGUGCUGGGCGCUGUGGGCCUGCGGCGCGGCGGACGCCAGGCAGAGCUGGAUGGCCGUGUCUGCAGACGCCAAGAAGGCGGGGGCCGAGGCGCUGCGGGGCGGGGGUGCCGACGUCACAGACGACGACGUCGCCGAGCUCGUCCUGAAGGUGAGGUCGACGCUGAGCGCAGGGCGAGCCCCCCGUUCCAAGCGGGACGAGGCACGGCGCCUGGAGGCGGCGCUGGACCCGGUGGCCGUCCGCCUGGCGUCGGGGAACCCCGAGGUGCCAGGCUCCGAGAUGGCCGAGGCCCUCUGGGGGUUCACAGAGGCCGCCACUGUCGCCACGCAGACGGAGGGUCGGAUCAGACGAGUGGCGGCCGACGCCGAUGGCUGGGAGACGAUCGCGGAUCGGAUCUGGGCCCGAGCGGUGGGGGCCGACGGGAACUCGCUGCCCGUCGACUGGGUGCUGCACCUUGGCAUAGGUCUCCUCCUGUCGAGCCUGGCGGUGGUGCUGGGGGCCGAUUCAGUGCGACACCGCCUGGCAGGCGGGGCUGUGGGGCUGGUCGGGACCUUCCUGCUGGUACGGCGGGUGCCCGAGCGGGCCGCGGAGGUACCUGCGGGCCCGCUGCACCCGCCGGGGCUUGCAGCACUGCCGCCUCCGCCGUGGGCUCCACCCGCCGAGGGCGCUGGCGCGGGUACCGCUGCGGCGAAGCCUGGCGCGCAGGACCUGUCGGCGCUGCGGGCGUUCGCCCAGGGCUUCCACGUGCCCCACUCUCCUGCAGAUGCGGUGAAGCUAGGACGGGAGGUGGAGAUAGUGGGCGCCACGCUGCGCGAGUUCCAGGCGCAGGCGGCCAUCAACGAGGACUGGGCCUGGCACUUCUGGGAGAGGAUCGCGGCCGUGGAUGGCUCCAGGGGGCUGCACCCUGACCUACGACGAGUGCUGCAGACUCACGGCUACGUGGGAGCGGGGACGACGUCCCCGCCAGGAGAGUCGUUGCAGCAGGAGCUGGACGCGCUGCUCGCCUCCCCUACGGCGCCUCACGGCGGGGGCAUGCACGCCUCCCCUGGGUGGGCCGUGGCCCCGCAGACCCAGCAGCAUCAGGAGGACAGCCGAUGGAACCUGAGCCUCCCGCCGGAGCUGCGGCGCGCGGCGCCGGAGAUCUACCGCACCAUGCGGGGCGCGGGGGCGGCCAGCGCGCGGGACUGGCUGUCGCAGGAGGUGACGGGCCAGCGACACACGGCGGUCUGGACCGACCUGUGGACUGCCGCCACCAACGUGGACUACUUGUUGGGCGGGUGCGCGAACCAGUCCGAGCUGCUCACCCGUUUGGCGUCCGACGAUGCGCUGGAGCUGCACCUGAGGCGGCUGGCUAGCUACGUCUACGAGAUGCGGACGAAGGACAAGCUCAUGAACGGGAUGGACCGCGGAUCCCUGGAGGCGAGACCAACGGGCCAGCGCGAGACGAGCGAUAACGAGAUGAUGCUGGCCUGGCAGCUCGUGCAGCAGUAUGCGUUACAGGACGCAGCGCGGUACGAGCGCGACUGCCGGGGGCUUGCCCCGACAGGCGGUCAAGGGACGGAUCCUGCCUGCGACAGAGGACCGCAGGACGCCUACACUGGAGAGCGCAAGGGUGUGAGCAAGCACGUGAUGAUGUGCGCAGCGGCGGACGGGGGGCUGGAGGCUGGCAGCCGCGGGGAUGCCGAGCCUGAGGACACUCAGCAGCACCGCUACGACGACGACUGGCUAGGGCAGCAGCGCAGCUGCCGGGCUGCGCCGCCUAGCCCGAGGGGCUACAGCGUGGCGGAGUGGCUGGAAACAGUGAGGCGGGCGAAGAGGGAUGACGAGCGCGUGACGGUGGCGAUGCAUCUCUUCGCUGGCCGUCGGCGGCGUGGUGACGCGCAGGAGGUGGGAGAGAGGCUGGCGAAGGAGCGGAGCUUGAGGGUGCUCUUCCUUUCCGCCGAUCUCCUGGACGACCCGCGGUGGGACCUGGCCAACCCCUCCACGUUCUCCGCCUUGAUGGAGCUGUGCGAGGGCGGCUGGGUGGACAUCGUACUGGGCGGCCUCAGGGACUGGGAGGCCGCCAGAGUCGCGGAGAGUAACACCUUGACGCUGAACUUGUUGGCGCUCUGCGAGGCGCGCGGCCAGAGCGGCGGCGCCUUCCUCAUCGAGCACCCGGAGGACCCAGGGCAUGCGCCCUACCCAUCCAUCUGGAACACGACUGAGAUGCUGGAUUUCGAGACGAGGCGCUCGUCGCGGAGAGCGUGCUUGGACCAAUGCAUGCUGGGCGGACGGACGAAGAAGCCCACGUGUCUGAGCGGCACGCUGCAGGGGCUGGAGGACCUGAACGAGCUGCGGCGUGACGGGCCCCAUGCCCACGAGACGGCCGAGGGCAAGCUGGCCGACGGCACCUUCCGCACGAGCCCGCUGGCCCAGUACCCCGAGGGGAUGUGCGAAACGCUGGGCACCUUGAUAGUUCAGACCCUGGCCAUCUUCGAGCAGACCGGCUUGGGCGGCACCGGGUGGCGAAGGCCGCCGGAGGCCGACAGGUCGGUCACCGCCUGGAGCUCGCGGAGCACUACGACGCCAGCGGUAGCCGUGCGGAACGAGGAUGUGUUUCGCGGUCGGGGGCUGGUGCUGGACGGGCCGCAGAUGGCCUUCUACCUGCACGUCGACGACGGGGUGGUGAUGGCCGGUGGCAGCGGCUGUGGCCCACGGGCCUCUGGGAAGAUGCACCAGCUGGCGGAUGCCCUGGCCGAGGCCGGCUUCGUGGUCACCGACCGCACGGAGGCCAGCGACAUGCAGAAGGUGCUGGGCUACGCACCACAGGCGCGUCCGGCGCAGCUACGCUUGCCCCCGAAGAGGGCACGAGAGCUGGCGCAGCAGCUGGAGGCGAUGGGCUCCACCCGCCCCCUCCACACCGAGGAGCUUCGGUCGCUCUUGGGGGCGUGGAUCUGGGGCGCACUACUUCGGAGGGAGCUGCUCUGCAUACCCAGCGCCGUCUUCAGGCUCCUGGAGAGGCACCCGCACCAGAGGGUGUGCACCUGGGCCACCGUCCGCAGGGAGCUGCGGGCUAUGGCUCGAGUAGUCCCACUGAUGUACGCCGACCUGGGAGCCCCGCCAGCCCCCGUGUAUUUCGCGGCGGACGCCAUGGGCGCCAACGUGGAGGACGACGGCGGUUGGGGCAUCCUGGUGACAGACAUGAGCGAGGACAUCGCGAAGGACUUCAUCGACACGGGCGGCAACUUGGGCUACACCGUGGCGCGACUGGACGGCGAGCUUACUGGAUUGCGGCGUCCCGAGCAGGUCAUCCGUCGGACGAAGCCCUUCAGCCUCCUCCCCGACCGAGUGUUCAAGCCCGACGAGGACUGGACGAUCGUAGGAGCGGGGAGGUGGCGGGCGGCCGACCACAUCACGCUGGGCGAGGGGCGCUGCGUCGUGAAGAUCAGCAGACUGGCGGCCGCCACUCCGGCUCUACACCGCACCGUGCUGCCGAUCCUGGAGGACAACCAGCCAGUCUCGGGUGCGGCAUGCAAGGGGAGGUCCCCGGCGCACAUGUUGAACCACCUGUUGCGUCAGAAGACCGCAGCAGGGAUGGCAUCUCGCACGAAGAUUCUGAUUCCAUGGGUGGAGACGCUCAGGCAGCCUGCUGAUAAGAUAUCGAGGUGCCUGACUUGUGCUGAGCUCCGCGGCCUACCUCAUGUCGGGGCCGAGGAAGCUGGACAGCACUUCUGUUGA